GGUUUAAUAUUUGACUGCUUGUAUUUGACAUUCCUCAUACUAGAUAAACGAGAUCGUAUAAUUUGAUUGUUUUGUUGAAUAGGCGGUUAAUAAUUUAAUUUUUCCGCGAAAAGCACGCAAGUUCAUUUACGAAUUUGAAACAAAUCAUGUAAGGUGGGAUUUAUUUAAGUCCUUAUUUAGAGUAUACAAGAUCAUGUCUCGGGAUAUAAGGUCAUUCUUCUUACCUAAAAAAUCGCAAAAACCUAAAGAUGAGGAUGAUGAUAUUAUUCCCGAGUCACCUGAUGUGCAAAUCAAAAACAAGAAAAAAGAACCUAGAAAAAAAAGAGUUAUUCAUGAUUCAGAUGAUGAAACAAAUACUAAGAAGACAUCUUUAGUGUCAAAUAAGUCACCGCGAAACAAAUCUAAACCAGAUCUUAAAGAGGUGAAAGUUGUUGAUCUUUUUGGCAAUGCCCCUAUAAAAAGAACUGAACCUUUAGUUAAGAAAAGCAAAAAGCAGACUGAGACCGGUAUACACUCAGAUGAUGAAUUUGAAAAGAGUCUUCUAGAAAUUGAUAGUGUUGCUGUAGGAGAUAAACCAGAAAUAAAACAAUUUGAUGGUGGUAAUUCAGAAUCUAAUCACAAAGACACCACCACUUUAAAAACACCCAAAAACAAACAAAAAGCAAAAUCCCCUGCUAAAGCUGUAGUUACCUCAGCAAAACAAAAUUAUGCAAAUAAGAAAGAAGAAUCAAAGUUGAACAGCAAGAGGAAAUUUUCUGAAUUUGCUGAAAUAGAGGUUCAUAAUGAAGAAGAUAACAUAAAAAGAAAGAAAAUGGAUGUAAGUGUGUGUGACAAUAAAACUAAAGUUAAACAACUAAGUGAAGACAAUGAUGAUGCAGAUGUUUCAACAUUUGAAGAUGAGUCCUCUUCUAAACAUAAAAAAAAGAAAGUCAAUACAAGCUUAAAUGAAUCAGUUCUAACGGAUGAAGAACGACAUGAAAGAAAGAUGCAUUCCGCUGCCUUAUACCAGAAGUAUUUGCACAGAUCUGGCCCUAAGCAUUUGGGAGCAAAGGAAAUGCCAGAGGGUUCACCAGAUUGUUUGAAAAAUUGUGCAUUUUUACUGACUGGAGUGUUAGAUUCUUUCGAAAGAGAGGAAAUUGUGGAAGCAAUAAACAAAUAUAGUGGUUGCGUUAAAAACGCAAUUAGUAAGAAGGUGACCCAUGUUUUGGCGGGCGAAGAUGCAGGACCAGCAAAAAUGUCGAAAGCCCUGGAAUUAGGAAUCAAAAUAAUUAGUGAGGAUGAUUUUUUGCAAAUGAUUGCAGACUCUAAGAACUCUAAGAAUAAAACAUCUGCUAAAAAUGAUACAAACGACGACACUAAUAAUAAAAAUCAUUCAAAUAAAAGCAAAAAGAGUCCUAAAGACAAAAGCGUUGAUAAAAGUAUAAUUGAUAUCAAAAAGGAAAAAUCCCCGAAGGAAAAACAUACAAACGUAACUACGGUCAAAGAAGAAAAAUCAAGUGAAAACGUUAAAGUUAAUGCCAAAAACUCUAAUAAAUCAAUAAAUUCAGGCGAAAUUAAAAAAGACAUGAAAAUUGACAAAAAAAGUAUAAAAACAGAAAAACAAGAUUCAGAAUCAAGUAAUAAAAAUACAACUGUCAUAUCAGACGUUAAAAGAGAAGAUCAAAAGCCAAUCCAUAUAGUGCCUGCAUCUAUGUGGGUAGAAAAAUACAAACCACAGAAUGUCAAACAAAUAAUUGGCCAACAUGGCGACGCAAGCAAUGUUAAAAAAUUAACAAACUGGCUGACUAAAUGGUACGUAAAUAGGAAAGCUAAAUUGCCGAAGCCAAGCCCGUGGGCAAAGAAUUACGAUGGAGGCUACUACAAAGCAGCCUUACUUUCUGGGCCUCCUGGAGUUGGUAAAACAACGACAGUAUCGCUAGUGUGCAAAGAGUUAGGCUUCGACAUGGUGGAGUACAACGCGUCAGAUACCAGAAACAAAACUCUAAUCAAGGAACAGAUUGGGGAAAUGUUAACCACCAAAUCGCUAUCGGCUUACGCUAAAGGUGAUGUUGGUAAACAAGCAGUGACCAAGAAACAUGUCCUCGUCAUGGACGAAGUGGACGGGAUGGCUGGCAAUGAGGACAGAGGUGGUCUCCAAGAGUUGAUAAAUCUUAUAAAGAUGACGUCAGUGCCAAUCAUUUGCAUGUGCAACGACAGGAACAGUCAGAAAAUGCGCUCGCUCGUCAACUACUGUUACGAUCUGAGGUUCAACAGGCCACGGGUUGACCAGAUUAAAUCAGCGAUGAUGUCGAUAUGUUUCAAAGAGGGUCUGAAGGUCGCCCCAGACGUACUGUCGCAGUUAAUAGUGGCCGCCAACCAGGACGUACGACAGACCCUUAACUUGCUGUCUAUGUGGGCUGUGGAUCCCGACUUAGCCGACACUGACCGCUUGAGAAAAGAUACCAAAACUGUGAAGAAAGAUAUUAAAUUGGGCCCGUGGGAGGCGGUUCGGAGAGUGUUCUCGGCUGAAGACCACAAGUCGAUGAGCAUCCACGACAAAAGCGAUCUUUUCUUCUACGAUUACAGCCUGGCGCCACUGUUCGUGCAGGAGAAUUAUCUGCAGGUCGCGCCACACUGCCCCAAACAUGAAGUGUUGCAGCGGAUAAGUAAGGCAGCGGACAGCAUCAGUUUAGGCGACCUGGUCGAUAAGAGGAUACGCAGCGCACAGGCUUGGAGUCUACUGCCCACACAGGCUAUGUACAGUUCUGUGAUUCCGGGGCAUGAACUGGCGGGCCACGUGGCCGGACAAAUACUGUUCCCGGGCUGGCUCGGAAAGAACUCGCGCGCCGGCAAACUGCACCGGCUGUGUCAGGAGAUACACGCGCAUACGCGACUCAGCACGUCAGGUUCAAAAUCGUCAAUAUUCUUGGACUAUUGUACCCACUUACGCGACGCGAUAGUCAACCCGUUGAUCAAGGACAAGUCGGACGGUAUUGCUAAAUCGUUAGAGGUGCUAGAAUCCUAUCACCUGUUGAGGGAAGACCUGGACUCCCUGGUGGAAUUGUCGGUCUGGCCAGGGCAGAGGAAUCCCACCAUACUGAUUGAUUCAAAGGUAAAAGCGGCUAUGACGCGUACAUACAAUAAGACGUCCAGCGCGCUGCCGUACGCGCCUGGAACCAUAAAGCGAGGCUCCGCGCGGGACGACCAAGAGGCGAUGGACGACGAGGAGCUCUCCGACCAGCCCGAAGACAGCGACCCCGAAAAUGAUGCUUUGAUAAAGAAAAAGAAAACGAAAGAAACUGAAAAGCCAAGUUCCAGUAAAGAAAAACCAGGUGCCAGUAAAGAGAAACCAAGUUCAAGUAAAGGCAAAGCUUCAAAUAAAGCCAAAAAGAAAUAAGUAAUGAGAAAUUUGUAAAAGGAAAGCAUAAGAAAGAGGAUUGUAUCCAGGAUGUAGUUUACAGCCAAUUGAUUAAUAAUAAAAUUGUGACAUCUCUUUGUGAUUGUGAAAUCUCUUAACAUUGUAUUUGAACUGCAUGAUACUUAUCAUCAAAUGGAUAUCGUACAACAAACUAUUAUAUUAUUUGUAGAUACAACUGGAUCUUCAGACCCUCAUUUCCACAAUGUGUCACAAACUUUUCAAAAAUUUGUCGUUCAGAAUCAUCUGAGUGUGAUUUUUUGUAAGUGAAUAUAAUAUGUUAACAAUUUUUAUGUUAUGAAGACUUAUUUGUCCAACACCACACUUAAUAUAUCUAUUUUGAACUAGACUUAUUGAAUGUUAAAA